UGAAGUUCUCUGAAGGUACAAAUUUACUUGUACUCCCCUAUAUUUGGAGUUUGGACUCACUGUUUCCUUAUUUAAUAUUUUGUGGAAUAAUGACUAUGAAGAUUGGUAUCAUUGGUGGUACUGGUUUGAACAAUCCAAAUAUUUUUACAGAUAAAAUAGAAACUGUAUAUAACACCCCAUAUGGAAAGCCAUCUGAUGUUCUAUCAUUUGGGAAAAUCCAUGGUGUAGACUGUGUGUUAUUGCCAAGACACGACAGAAAGCACACCAUCAUGCCAACCAAUAUCAACUACAGGGCAAAUAUUUAUGCGUUAAAACAGGCCGGAUGCACCCAUGUUGUAUCCACCAGUGCCUGUGGGUCGUUACAAGAAAAUUGCCACCCAGGAGAUUUUGUAUUUAUUGAUCAAUUCAUCGACAGAACAACAAAGCGGCCAUCAACUUUGUACGAUGGCGAAAAAGGACAUUUAGAAGGAGUUUGCCAUGUACCAAUGGAUAAACCAUUUUGCGAACCCUUAAGACAGAUUUUAAUCGACACCGCGAAAUCUUUGGGAUUUUCACAUCAUACAAAAGGAACGGUAGUAACAGUCGAGGGACCGCGUUUCUCCUCGAAAGCGGAGAGUAAAUUAUUUCAGAGUUGGGGGUGCGAUGUUGUGAACAUGACAACGGUCCCAGAGGCUUGCUUAGCUAAAGAGGCUGGCCUUCUAUACUCAACAAUGUGUCUAGUUACGGAUUAUGACUGUUGGAAAGAUGAUGAAGGCAAUGUUGUCAGUGUGGAUUCAGUGUUACAAGCCUUCAAAGAGAAUAUCGAAAAAGCUAUUCAGUUAAUUAUUGCGGCGGUUCCGAAAAUUGCAGAGAAAAAAUGGGAUGAAGAGAUUAAAAAGUUAAAUGAGAGUGUAAACAACGCUCAAAUGUGAACAACGGGAAAUAGCAAAAACAUUUUCACGGUUAUCCAAGAACAUUCGUUGCCAGUGGUAGUGGUUGCUGGUUAGUAUUGCAAGGUAGUAACACUUUUAUUUAGUUACAGUAUUAUACAUAAAGAUAUCAUUAAACAAAGGUAAAGUUUACGCCAGACGAAUUCAUGUAAUGUGAUGUGUUGGCUACGGUGGAUGAAAUGCUAUUUUUAUUUUCAUGAACACGCUUUUGAAGUUCACUGGGACUAUUCAGUUUGCGAACUUUGGUGAUCACGUACUUCCUCAGUUUUCCCCUGUGCAAAUUUUGGUCUGCUUCCAUAGGUUGAAGAGAGGGGGUGCCGAUCUAAAUUUUUUUGAAUGGAGGUUUAAAAUACUUUUUUUCACAUUUUUCCCGAAAAAAACUUCAUUGGGGUCCGCUUCUCGUUCAGACUUAUUUAUCCCAAUAAAGUAGUGAAAGAACGUCUGUCUACUCAGGCUUAGUAGACCUUGGAUUGUUGGAUUGUGUACAUUUUUGACGAAAAUUAAAAUGGCAAUGCCGGUCAUGUUCUGUUUGUGCAUCAAAGUUAUUUAUUUUCAUUCAACUUUAUAGGUCACGUGUAGUCCGUCCGUUUUACGCAUUCGUUCUGCUCAAACAACGAGCCCGGCUGACUGAGAAUUCCCAAUAUUUUCGCAAACAGGCUUUUUCAGCUCCCUUAACCAACGUGGAGCCCUGGAAGAAUGAAUUACAGUUUUGAAAAUAGGGGUUUAG